AUGGAGGCCCUAGUCAAGAAAGGCUACGCGGAAAUAGCGCCACGCGCGUCCCACACCACAAGGACGUGGUACUUGCCGCAUUUCGCAGUCGUAAACGCUCUAAAGCCCGACAAAUUGCGAGUUGUACACGACGCAGCAGCCAAAACAAAAGGUACGACUUUGAAUGAGAAUCUAUUAACAGGGCCGGAUUUGUUACAGCCUCUUCCCGCAGUGUUAUUAAGAUUCCGGGAACAUCCCGUCGCUGUAACAGCGGACAUCACGGAGAUGUUCAUGCAGGUGGGACUACGCGAGGAAGAUCGCGACGCACUGCGCUACCUCUGGCGGGGAAACCGCCGAGAUAGCCGGCCGCCAGAGGUGUACCGAAUGAAGGUAUUAAUCUUUGGCGCAUCGUGCUCUCCUGCGACGGCGAUAUACGUCAUGAAUCGCAACGCGGAGAGACACCGACACACGCAUCCUGAGGCUGUCGAGGCGAUCAAGAAGAAACACUACAUGGACGACUACCUCGACAGCUAUGAAGAUGAACACAGGGCGAUAACAAUCGCUACUCAGGUGCGCAACAUACACAGAGAAGCUCACUUUGAAUUAAGGAAGUGGACGAGUAACUCGCCCGCGGUGUUGAAGGCGCUCGGCGAAUCGCCCAAUGCAACCGAAGCGGUGGAAAUAGAAAGGACUGAACGAGUCCUAGGCCUUAUUUGGAGGCCGCAAGAAGACAGGUUGGCGUUCAACCUAGACUUGGCCCGCAUACCGUCGAACCUACUGAGGCGAGAAGCACCCACGAAGAGAGAAGCAUUGAAAAUAGUAAUGUCGUUGUUUGAUCCUCUAGGGUUGGUGUCGCCGAUAACUGUGCGGGCUAAACAGCUAUUACAGGAGGUGUGGCGACGCGGCACCGAUUGGGACGACCCGAUCGACGACGAACUGUCCGCCGCCUGGGUGAACUGGCUCACCCAUUUGAAGCAACUCAACGGCGUAACAGUGCCGCGCUGCUAUCCCGGCUACUCCCGAGCGAGAAAACUCCAACUCCACGUGUUCACCGACGCCAGCGAGUCAGCCUACGCGACCGCGCUCUACUGGCGCGCCGAGGACGACGACGGACGAGUCACAGUCACGUUACUGGCGGCCAAGGCAAAGGUAGCUCCACUCAAAUUAACCUCCAUACCACGGCUUGAACUACAGGCAGCUGUACUCGGCGCACGGAUGGCUGCGAGUGUGACACAGGAGCACUCCAGGCAGCCAGAAUCCACGACCUACUGGACCGACAGCAAGACAACACUGUGCUGGAUCAGAACGGGAGCCAGGUCGUACAAGCCCUACGUAGCGCAUCGAAUCGCCGCGAUAGAAGAACACACACAGGCGAAUCAAUGGAGAUGGGUGCCUACACGCUACAACGUUGCCGACGACGCUACGCGCGACGUUCCCGACAACUUCACGCGGGAACACAGGUGGUUCAACGGACCAGAGUUCCUCCGCGACCCGCCCGAACUAUGGCCUGCGGAGGAAACACAGCUGAGCACCGACACGGGUGAGGAAAGAGUGAACACUAUUACAGAGCGUCGGGAGAAACAGUACAAGGAAGUCCUGCCCGACGUGAAUCGAUUCUCAAAUUGGAAUCGCUACGUUAGAGCUGCCGCCCGCGUACUACAAGCAGUACAACACUUCAAACGACGCGUCAACACGGUCCAUUACAAGAGGACCAAGGCGGCCGCAAGCGAGAAUCCGGAUUGA